UUGAAAUGAAAACCUGUAUGGUGGACUUUGCAUUCAGGAAGUUAUGCAACUCGUCAUGGUGCGGCUUAACAUCCAGCACCCGGAAGCCUGGAGCUGUCUGUCUUUCCUGUGUCACCACAGAAGCACAAAGCAGAAGAGCGCCAUCAUGGGAAUGAAGACAGUUUUGCUUGUGACUGUGGGGGUCCUGGCAGCUUAUUAUGUUUAUACUCCUUUCCCGGACAAUAUUGAGGAGCCUUGGAAACUGAUGGCUAUGACCGCACAAAUGAAAGUAAUAGGAAGCUGGGCUCAAUUUGUUGAAUUCUUGGGAAUUGCUCAUUCCAUUGACAUUGCAAACUUCUUAACAAGUCUUCAGUUAGUCCCACCCACAUCUGAUGAAAAUGUCACCGUGACAGACACAACUUUCAACAACAUUCCUGUCCGUGUGUAUGUGCCCAAACGGAAGACAAAGACAUUGAGAAGGGGCUUAUUUUAUAUUCAUGGAGGCGGUUGGUGUCUGGGAAAUGCUGCUUGGCAGAACUAUGAUAUUCUGUCCAGACGUACAGCUGAUCACCUCGACACAGUCGUCAUCUCCACCAACUACAGACUUGCACCUAAGUAUCAUUUCCCAAUUCAGUUUGAAGAUGUCUAUGACGCAUUAAAGUGGUUCUUACGACAAGAUGUUCUUGACCAAUACGGAGUAGAUCCUCAAAGAGUCGGUGUGUCUGGAGACAGUGCUGGUGGGAACUUAGCUGCAGCAGUGGCUCAGCAGCUCAUCAAAGACCCAGAAGUCAAGCUCAAAGUCAAGAUCCAGGCUUUAAUAUAUCCUGCCCUCCAGACUCUUGAUAUGAACACACCAUCAUUCAAGGAAAACUCUGAUCGUCCAAUUCUUCCCAGAUCAUUUAUGCUCAGGUUAUGGAGUGAGUACUUCACCACAGACAGAUCACUGGAAACGGCCAUGUUCCACAAUCAGCAUGUCCCAGCUGACGCGAGUCACCUGCUCAGAUUCGUUAAUUGGAGCUCCUUGCUCCCUGAGAAGUUCAAGAAAGGCCACAUUUACAAGAAACCAAUCCAUGGUAGUUCUGAUGUGGCAAAAAGAUUCCCAGGGAUCCUAGAUGUGAGAGCAGCGCCCCUGCUGGCUGAUGACGCUCAGUUGCGUGGCUUGCCCAGGACCUAUGUCAUGACCUGUCAGUAUGAUGUCCUGAGAGAUGAUGGAAUCAUGUAUGUGACCCGACUCCGGGACGCUGGCGUUGAGGUGACUCAUAACCAUGUAGAUGAUGGGCUGCAUGGAGCUCUUUUCUUUGAUGGGCUCAAAAUUGGAAAUAGAUUACAAAAACAGUAUUUCAGUUGGCUAAGGGAAAACCUAUAGCAAAAAUAUAAGCAAUGUUAUAUAAAAAAAGUGUACAAGUAUCAGCACAGAAAAUAAAGGAAACAAAUCAGUGGAAAUCACAGGACUGACAUUUGAACUGUUUAUCAUCUGUGAUGUUUGUAAGACUCUCAUAACUCAGGUGAGUUGGUUUGUUUGGUUUUCACAUUAGCAAAAAUUAUUUUUAAUUUAUUCAAUUUUUAGGUGCCUUUCACUCAUUUCUGUGAAAAUAGCUACUUGCCUUUUUUUUUUUUCUUGCACUGUGUCUUUAUAUCUCUAAUUAACAGUCUUGAUUUCUCAAUUGCUGAACAGUGUCACAAUAAAGAAGAUAUUUUUACAGUCUGGUAUGGUGACUUAACUAUACCAUAUAUCGCAACUUGAAAAACUUUUCUAUGACACUGAUUUGAAUUAUGGUUUUUUUAUCCCUUUAAAAAUCAGUCCUCAAUAUGGGGGACCAUUGACAAUUAUUGUUAAUUCCACUUCUGCAUCAAACACUCUUCCUGUAUUACUAUACCAAAAUUAAGGCCAGGGAGGCCUUGGCCACUUUAGAAAAAGCCAUCCCUAAUCUUCAGACACUUGGGGUAGUUGGAGAUGAACACGGUGUCAGCACAAGGUAGUAGCUCUUCAUUGGUGAGUGGCUGGCAGUGCAGAGUGAAGCUGAGACUUGGGAGAAAUGCUACAAGCCAACUGAGGGGCCGGUGCUGAGUUGCGGCAGGGUUAAGGUGCUACCUGCCAGGAGGUGUUCCUGACCACAGCACUGCUUCCGGUACUGCGUCGUGUGCUUCUCAUCCAGCUGUGUACAAGGACACAUGGACAAGCAGAGACAGACGGUCCAGAUACUGGAGUUAUUGCUGCCACCUUGGGAAAGGAGAGGCCUCCUGGCUCUGAGUCAGCUAUCUGGGAAGUGGCCCAGAGGAUGAAAUCUCUCUCAAUAUUCUUCCCCUUUCUCUGUCACUCUGCCAUUCA